UCUAGUUAGGGCCAGUAACUCUGACCAAAACAUUCAAAAGCAUUCGAGUUUAUCUUUCGAAUAUAAGCAGGACUAACUGCGGUCUAGAUAUCGAUAUCAGGUAGAUUUUACUUGGUGUUGGUGCCGUGAAGCCUUUAAAUUCUCUGAAUUAAGGGAUUAAAUAGUUGCAGAUAUAAGCGUUAAGAGUUAGUAAUGAGCAAAAAAGUAGCCGUGGUGACGGGGGCUAAUCGGGGCAUAGGGCUGGGAAUAGUGCGAACUCUGUGUAGCCAGUUUGACGGGGAUGUGUUUCUUACAGCAAGAGAUGAAGUGAAAGGCCGUGCAGCUGUAGAGGAGCUGGAGAGGGAGGGUUUGAAGCCCAAGUUUCACCCGCUGGACAUCAGUGACCAUAGCAGUAUAAAACAACUCAGGGACUUCCUGUUGAAGAAUUAUGGUGGAUUGGAUGUUUUAGUCAACAAUGCUGGUAUAGCAUUGAAGGAGGAUACAAGCUUAUCUUUUGCUGAGAGGGUAGAAAAAACUGUCCAAGUCAACUAUUUUGACAAUCUGGCAUGCAGCAAUAUUUUGAUGCCAAUCUUGAGAUCUAAUGCUAGAGUUUGUAAUAUAUCAAGUAUGGCAUCCAGUAUGGCCGUACAACAGUGUUCACCAGAGAUUGUGGCCAGACUUACCAAACCAGACCUCGAGAUUGAAGAGCUCUCAGCAAUCAUGAACCAGUUUAUUCAAGCGGCAAAGGACGACACAUUUUUACAGCAAGGUUUCCCCCAAGAUUCGUACGGCUUUCCUAAGAUUGGGCUGACAGUCAUGACAGCCAUUCACCAAUGGGAACUGGAUAAACAGGGGAGGGAAGACAUCUUGGUGAACGCUUGCACACCAGGAUAUGUCAGUACUGACAUGACAAAACAUCGCGGUGGGCUGUCAGUGGCUGAAGGUGUUGUGACACCUAUGUACUGCAUCACCCUACCUGCUGGCACCACCAGCCCCAGAGGUCAGAUGUUACGUGACAAAGUUCCCGUGGACUGGGUCAACUUUAAAAUAGAGAUGCCAAGCUGGUACAAAGAGGAGAAGUGAUCCAACCAAGCGCUUGAUGGAUUCAGAGUUACCCUAGUUGUAUGUUAAAUCAUCAUUUUAAAGAUUUAUUAUUAUUAACACUUUUCCUUUUCUAAUGUCUUUCAUGGUUGUAGUUUCAAUGAAUGAUAAAGUGGCUUUAACUCUGAAGGUUACGACAGGCCAAAAAAUAUCAGUGUUCACCAAUCUCCUGGUUAUACAACAAACUUGAAAUCUAUGCCUAAAGCUGUAUUUAGUACACAAUUUAGUACACAGUUUAUGGACUGAAAUGUAUAAUGAAGAUAAAACAUGUAACAUCCUUAUUUUUAAAAUUUUAUUGUUUUGGUUUGAAGUGGAUCACAGCUACAAUUAAAAUAUUGUGCACUCUACAUAAUCUUGUAAUAAAAUAAAAAAUAUUUUUAAAAAAUGUAAAAGAAAUAGAUGACUUGAAAUUUUUAAAACUUUAAAUAAGA